CAGAAGAAAGAAAACAGAAAAGAAAAAGAAAAAGACAAGUGGACUUACUUGCCGUGAAUAAGACUGGGCUACCGAUAAAGCGGAGCCCCACGCGACCACUACCCUCUCUCAAAAAGCGAAAGUACAAAAUCUAAAUAUAAACACCAAAACUUAAUACUUCCAUUUGCGGUUACAUAAAUUUCUUCACUAAUGAGGCUUUGCUGCUAAAGGAAAAUUGAGAGAAUCAAUAUUCCACUGCACGCACCUUCACUGCCCUUUUUGUUCCCGGAGCUCCAUCAGUGACGUCACGAUAUGUCAUCGGCAGCGGCGGCGGCGGCGGCGAACGAGAAGCCUCCGGUGCAAAUAUGCAAGGGAAUCAACGGCCUCGAGAAGGUCGUUCUCCGCGACUUCCGCGGCAGCUCCGUCGAGAUAUAUCUUUAUGGUGCUCAUGUAACAUCGUGGAAGAACGAGCACGGAGAGGAGUUGCUUUUUGUUAGUAGUAAGGCCAUCUUCAAACCUCCAAAGGCAAUCCGUGGAGGCAUCCCUAUAUGCUUCCCGCAGUUCUCUAACUUUGGACCACUUGAGGCUCAUGGAUUUGCUAGGAACAGGUUCUGGUCCAUUGACCCUUCUCCACCUCCAUUUCCUGUCAAUUCGUCGAACAAGACAUAUGUAGACUUGCUUUUGAAGCCCACUGAAGAGGACAUGAAAAUCUGGUCUCAUAGUUUUGAGUUCCGCCUACGGGUAACUCUGGGACCUGCUGGAGAUCUGAUGUUGACUUCCCGUAUCAGAAACACCAACCCUGAUGGAAAACCUUUUACAUUCACAUUUGCUUAUCAUACCUACUUCUCUGUUUCUGAUAUCAGUGAAGUACGUGUUGAAGGAUUGGAGACACUGGAUUAUCUGGAUAAUUUGCAAAAUAGACAGCGAUUUACUGAACAAGGGGAUGCAAUCACUUUUGAGUCAGAAGUGGACAAGAUAUAUCUGAGCACACCUACAAAGAUUGCAAUUUUGGACCAUGAGAAGAAGCGAACCUUUGUCAUUCGUAAAGAUGGUCUUCCUGAUGCUGUUGUCUGGAAUCCUUGGGAUAAGAAGGCAAAAUCAAUGGCUGACUUUGGAGAUGAUGAGUAUAAGCAUAUGCUGUGCAUUGAGGCAGCUGCAAUCGAGAAACCUAUCACUUUGAAGCCUGGUGAAGAGUGGAAAGGAAGGCAAGAACUUUCUGCUGUGCCUUCAAGUUAUUGCAGUGGGCAGCUUGAUCCUCGAAGAGUCCUCCAAGGCAGCUAAAAGUUCUCAUAUGCUUAUGUACAGGUGGUUGACUGCAAUAUUGGGAGGUGUAAGGGUGCGCCAUCGAUAUCUGUUCAAGACCUCUUUUAUCGUCUUGUCCUUAUUACAAUAAUAUAUCUGAUUUCACCUUGAUGAACUGCGCUGUUUGGGCAUAUACUUGUCAAGUAACUACUGUCGUUUUGGUUGGGCAUGCGAUACCAUAUCAAGUGUAAUCAAGAAGCAUUGCCUUUGCCUAUAUACAACCAGAUGAUUUUGAGUGUUGAAAUGAUUCUUUGCUCAAGUGUCAUAUAAAGGAAUCCUCUAGGUAUGGAUUCAAGUUCAACUAUAAA